AUGUUAAUAGGUUAUCUGAUUCUGAAAGCGGAGAGGAACAACGCAGAAGAUGAGUCUACUGCUAAAUGGAUACUCUCUUCAGCCGUUGUUAAGGAGACUCAGUUUGAAGACGCCACUGGCACAGCUGCAUUCCUUGGUUUUGAUACGGAGGUGGCUAAGAUCACACUCAUUCAAGAUUUCGAGGCUGCACAGAUUGUGGGGAUAGGAGUUAAAGCUCAGGUUGACACAGAUCUGCCACGAUCACUCGCUGAUAUUGUUGAGAAUACCUACACCUUCCAGCUCAGGUUUAAAGACUUCAAUUUUACUGCAAACCACCAGACCUGUACCAUUACCCGCAUAUUUUCUGCACCAGAGCUUGCACCUGUGCCGAUUUUUGUUGUGGAUGCACAUGUCCCUGGAGCAGCGCUUGCUGAAGCUGUCGUACCUGUAUCAGAUGUCACAGUCACUAACACUAGCAAAGUUGCAGAGCAGGCAACUACACAUGAUGGAUCACUUUCUGGAAGUCUAGCAAUAGCGAGAGAACAAGUUGAUCUCGAAGAUAAUGCCUCCAAGAUAGCACGCUUGGAAGGAGUCCCACUGUUGGAGACCUUGCAUCAGUUACUUACCACCCAUUAG